AUGGCUUCGUCGGCUGGACGGGAGAAACUUCGAAGCCGUGGUCAACGAGUUUUCGCCUUUGGAAGUAGUACUCCGCGCGAUUUGUCUCACAUGAAUAAGAUACCUCCAAAAUUGAGGAGUUACGAUGCGAAAUCUGUUGAGAAACCAGCAGUCGAUGCACCAAGUUUGCAUGAUUACAUUGUGAAGGCCAGAAGUCUUUCGAGAGAAGCUGGUGAUACUCGCAACCAAUUUGUCUUUGGUUCAUCCACUCCCCGAACCCUUGCUCAUCUCGAUAAAAUCCCUCAUAAACAGCGUGUCUAUGAUGCCAAAAUUCCGAAGAAAAGUGCAACACAUAGCGAUUUCAAAGCGGCUCCAAUUAGGUUCACUCCUCCUACUGUUCCAAUUACUAAACCAGUGAAAAAAGAAGAAAACCGUCAUGUGAUCACUUCGAAGGAUGAUGAUAUUGCAUCUGAGCCAGAUUUCGUUCAGGAUAGAGAAGAAUUUUUGAAUGAAAUGAAGAAGCAUAAGAAGGAGUUAGAGAAGAAAAAAUCUCUCGGAAAGACUGGCGAGUUCUCCUAUUCCAAGAAUCCGAUGGAAAUUCAGUCUCCAACUGCAGCUGAGACUCAUCAGGAGAAUGUGAAGUUUGCACAUGCUCCAGAAAUCUCUGGAAAUGUUCAAAAGGCUGUUAGAAUACAUGCUGAGACUCAGGAAGAGCCAGCAGUUGCCACAAAGAAUUUAUCGGCUAACAAAAUGAAUGAUCAGAUCGAAGUGAGCCAAUUGAUGAAUGAAAUAACUCCUGAAAGUGUGCCAGCGAUCGCUGAGAGUCCAGACAAUCAGAAACCGGCAAAUGUCGUUGGAGACUUGUUGGCAAAAGUGCAGAAGGUAGCUGAAGAAACUGUUGAUAAGACCAAAAACACCAUUGGAGCUGACGUGGCUAAAACAAUUGAAAAAACAGAGAACGAUAUUGCAAAAAAGGUUGAUCAAGUUGUAAAAGAGGGGAAGUCUUCAGUAGGAGAGAUAAAGACAGAUGUAGAAAAUAACAUUGCUGAGAAGGUUGACGAUAUCACAAAAUCUUUGGAGAAAACUGCGAAAAGUUUGGAGGAAACAAGUGAGAAAUUGGGAAGCAAAAUCGAAACGACAGCUUCUGAAAUCAAACCAAAACUUGAGAAUGCCUCAAAGGACGUCAUAUCGGAUGUGAUGAAGUCAGGGGAAAAACUUAUUGGAGACGUCACAUCUGAAUUCAAGAAGGCCCUUGAAUCCUCUGAUCACAAAGUGGAUUCAACCAAGAUUGGAUCUUCCGCUGAGGACGAUGUCAAGAACGGAUUGAAUCUUCGUCACUUUUGA